UAUGGGUUUUUUCCUUUUUAUGCGCAAUUUUAGAAUUUAUGAGUUGGAAAUUAGCCUUAGAAGAUAAGUCUAACAUAUACGAAUACGGCUCUCGAAAAAGAAAAAGAUUUCUAACAGCUAAUACAACAUGGAUAAACUGUAUUCUACGGUUUUUGUGUUGAUGGUCGUUGUGUUGAUUGGAACAAUGAGCCAGUCAGCACUAUAUAAAGUCAUUUGGAAUUUGACGAUGGACAGCCGCCAUUUGCAAUGCAGUGUAGAUAUGAUUUCCUACCCGGGUUUUGGCAUGGUGUUGCCCGAAGUCAAAAACCUUGACAGAACUUCACUUAUUGAAUUUGGAAAACCAAAUUUUCCGAUCCUGCAGGUCGUCAAACAGUUAUAUAAGGAAGAACAAGUCAUUUGGAAUUUGACGAUGGACAGCCGCCAAUUGCACUGCAGUGUAGAUAUGAUUUCCUACCCGGGUUUUUGCAUGGUGUUGCCCGAAGUCAAAAGCCUUGUCAGAACUUCUCUUAUUGAAUGCGGAAAACCAGAUUCGUCGAACCUGCAGGUCGACACCCAAGUUGUUGGAACGACCUUUCUGACUGGCAUCCAGGAAAUAGGCAAAGGCCUAUUCGCAAAGGUGCGUUACGCAGUUGUGGUCAGUGCAGUAGCUAUUGUGCUGCUCUUUGCUAGUAUUGUAAUACUGGUUCUCUUAUUCACGGCUAUUGCACCUUUGCUACUUAUAUUGACGUCUUAUGCACUGUUGCUGAAACUACUGACUAUCAUGGUAUUUCUGCCGCUUUUUCUAGUAUGGGUAAUCGUCAGUGUCAUUGUAACUUAUAUCGUUAUUCAUUUGAAACUUUCACAUAUCAUGUAAUGUUAUCAUACAUUAACAAUUUUCGCAUAACUUAUAUUAUUAUUGUAUAAACUAAUUGUAUAUACUCCAAGCAGCUGUACACCACAACCAUGGUGCAUAACCCGUCUUAUACAACUUGGAA